UACUAAAAUGAAACCGACAGAGAACUAAAAAGUACUUCACAAGCGUAUUAGAUUAGCCACAAACAUACAGCGAACUAAGCAUGCUGGUAGCAUUCACCUGCACCGCACGAGUGCUCCUUUAGGCGAAAGAAAAAAAAUCUCGGUUAAAUCAGCCGAGGCGACUUGCAGUAUUCGCAUUAUCUGACAAACAAAUAAACAAUGUAAACUGCAUGCUUUGUUGCUCACCGACACGGGCGACUCGUUUGUGUUUUAUUAAAUGCGCAGAGAGUUUGUUUGUGCCAUUCAACAGUUUCAUUAACGUAUGCUGCUUUGUGAUGAAAGCGAGGCGAGGCGAAGCAGAUGCUCGUUAGACUGGGAGCCCGCAACGUUUUCAAGAGAAGCCUGGUAUGUCUGCGCCCAACUGGCUCCCUCCAAGAACCCUGGGUAGCCCAGAAAGAGCCACAACACCAAUGUCACACUCUGGCCCCGCUCUCUACAGACCCCCCAAGAAAGGUCUGCCCGACCAGAGGCCCAAAUAUAACAUGUAUGACCAGAAUGGUGGAACGGGAGGAAACGGUAUGCCUAUAAGAUACAUGGCUACUGGACCUUCAGGUGGAAUCAUGCAACACCAGCAUCAAGAUGAUCGCUCAGGGUCUACUACCUACAACCCCUUGACUUCCCAGUUAGGAGACCGAUACUACGCUCCAGGCCAGGGGCCUAAAGAAGAUCACCAUACAUGGAAUCCCCGCAUGACCAACCACGAACUUCACAAUCGGGGACCAGAGAAGCACAUCUCUACUAUUGAUGCAGAGAUAGACUCUCUUACAUGCAUGCUGGCUGAUCUGGACAGUCACCCUCAGAGCACAAGCGCACAGUUGUAUGACAAUGUGCCUUACAGCAAGCACCUCCCUAUCGACCGCUAUAACCCUCCCAACCAGAUGGGGGCUCCUCCAUCAAGCAGGCCCUCGAUGGGCUACCCCCCUCCACUCCAAAACCAGUACCACCCCGCCCCACCUUACACUUCUUCACCUCAACCAGACUAUGUUUACUCCUCCGCCGCCUCGUCCGUCCACAAACCUUACCCCCAACCGGUGCCUGCCUCCUACACCACCGCCUCCACUCCGACCGGCCCGCGCUUCACCGUACAGGUGAAAACAGCUCAACCUGUCACCUAUUCUCAGAGCGGGAGGCAGGCAGAGCAAGCUUACACCCCUCCACCACCCCGUCAGCACGCCUCUCGCCCCCCUCAGCAGGACCGGCCGCAUUAUGAGCCGCAGGGACAGGGCUGGUACCCACCGCCUCCUCCUCCUGUACAGGAGCCCCACGGAGAUCCUGCUGCUUAUAAGGGAGGAUCAGGAAAUAUGUCAGGAGCGAGAGCUGGCCAGGGACCACCAGUGAAAAAGAGUCAAGAACAAGCGGCAGCAUAUCAGUCUAACAAGCAGGGAGCAGCACCACAUCCAGAGGAAGAGUUGGAUCGACUCACAAAGAAGUUGGUGUAUGAUAUGAAUCAUCCCCCUACUGAGGAAUAUUUUGGUAGAUGUGCUCGUUGUGGGGAUAAUGUUCUGGGGGACGGCAGUGGCUGUAUCGCCAUGGAGCAGGUGUUUCACGUGGAGUGUUUCACCUGUAUCACCUGUCACGCGCGUCUGAGGGGACAGCCCUUCUAUGCACUAGACAGGAAGAGCUACUGCGAGAACUGCUACAUAAGCACGCUCGAGCGCUGUUCAAAAUGCUCUGAGCCCAUCCUAGACCGGAUCCUGAGGGCGAUGGGAAAGGCUUACCACCCUCGCUGUUUCACAUGUGUGGUUUGCGGCUGUUGCCUGGAUGGCGUGCCUUUUACUGUGGACGCCACAUCUCAGAUCCACUGUAUUGAGGACUUCCACAGGAAGUUUGCCCCCCGCUGCUCGGUAUGUGGCCAGCCCAUAAUGCCAGAGCCUGGGCAGGAAGAGACGGUGAGGAUCGUUGCACUGGAUCGCAGUUUCCAUGUUAACUGCUACAUCUGUGAGGAUUGUGGUCUUGUCCUCUCUUCAGAGGGCGAGGGAAGAGGCUGUUAUCCCCUGGACGGACACAUCCUGUGCAAGAGCUGCAGCGCCCGCCGCAUCCAGGAUCUUUCUGCCAAAAUCUCCACUGACUGCUAAUGCCCCCGUCCCUUCUCUUCUUCACAGUUAUUCUUCAGAAUGUACCGCUAUCUAAACGUAUACCACCUGGCAUUUCUUCCAUCCUUGACUUUACAUGUCGAUCGCACAAAUAAUAUGAAGACGUCCCUCUCAGGGUAGCAUAGAGCUGAGGAGAGAGAAAAAAUAGCUCUCGUGCUUUUUAGAGUAGUUCCACUGGAAACUGUUUCCUCAAAGAACACAGAAAAACAGGUGGUGAAUGAAAUAUAACGGUGUUUGUGUAUAAUCCUCAGCAUAUGUGUGUUUAUGCAAAACGUGAGCCGCGUAAACAGGGUGCAUUUCUACCUUUUAGUGAAGCAGUCACUUUUACAUCACUAAAAUAAUAACCUUUAAUGGGAAUAUAGUAACGCGUCACAGUUUCCUCAAACAGUGCCCUAACUCUGCUGGCAAUUGGGGUCACUUCAUAUUUUUCCCCAUUCAGAUCAUCUCUUUUCUUUUAUCUUGUGAAAAACAAACCUGAUCUCAGCUGGAUAUCCAAUGCUCAUUAUUUUAAUACUUGAAAUCAUGAUUGUUGAAGGAUAUUAUUACUGUAUUUCGUUUACUGACUUGAUAUUAUCAUUACGUCCAGCGCGAUUCUAAUGAUAAUUCUGGUAAAAAAAGGUUGGAAAAGUUUUACACGGGCAGCUGUUUUGUUCUGUUUUCGGUGCAGUCUCUAGCUCUACGCUGAAUUAAAAAAAAAAACGGUUACAAGAGUGUUGUCCGUUAGGAAUAAUGUAUUUAAUGACCGCUUUAAUGAAGGAAAUCUUUAGACGGGUGUGUAUUGGAUCAAAGUGUUGACAGCAGGGUGGAGUGAUGAAAGAAACGGAGAGCAGUUCAGAAACGCAAUCUAUAGGUUAGAUGAAUAACAAACGUGGCUUCUUGUUAGAAAACUUCUCUCAUCACACCAAGAAACUUAGUCACGAUGUUGUUACUAAAUAUAGACGGAUGAAUGGUUAAGGGACAGUAAAUGGUCAGGUAUCAAGGUUACAAGGAGGUGAAGUACGUGAAAUGAGAAACUAAUUUCAGAUCGUUACGCGUCUGACUCCUGUGCAGAGAUUGUUACCGGUUGGCUUUAUUUUUUUUAAAUCUCAUUUUCUGUAUUUGCUUUAUUUUGUGUCAAAAUGCGUUUAAUUGUCUGUCAUUUGAAUGAUGUGUAGCAGCGAGCAUCCAUUGCUUAAUGCCAUUAUAUAAAAAGGUUUCAAAUAA